UCCGGGACACGGCUCUCCCCGCGGGGCCGGGGAACCGCAGCCGGGAACAGGAAACGACCUCGGCACCAGGCGCUUCCCCGGGUUAUUUGUGGACAGGGCAUGAGGCUGCAGGAGGAGGAGGAGGAUCCAGAGUGGGCUUCUUACAAACUUGGAAUAUUCAUUUGUUUGAAUUGCUCUGGAAUUCAUCGCAAUCUUCCUGAAAUCAGCAGGGUCAAAUCCCUUCGGCUUGACUUCUGGGAGAGCAGUUUAAUAGAGUUUAUGAAGAACCACGGGAAUCUCUGGGCCAAAGCUAAAUAUGAGGCAAAGGUCCCUCCGUACUAUUACAUCCCCAAGUCCUGUGACUGCAUGGUUUUAAGACAGCAGUGGAUUAGUGCUAAAUAUGAGCGUGGGGAAUUUCUUGACACCCAAGUCUGCCAAGAUCCCUGUUCUGCAGGCAGCCGUGAAGGAUGCCUCUGGAAGCUUGGGAAGGGACGCAGACAGUUCCAGAAGAGGCAAUUUCUCCUGUCAGCAAAGGAAGGGGUGAUGAAGUACUAUGGCAAAGAAUCCAAAGGUCCAAAAGCUGUUAUCAGCGUUGAGACUCUGAAUGCAAUGUUCCAGGUGGAGAAAAUAGGACACAGUCAUGGUCUGCAGAUCACAUACAUCACAGAUGGUCAAACAAGGAACCUGUUCGUCUAUCACGAAAGUGCAAAGGAGAUUGUUGACUGGUUCAAUGCUAUUCGGGCAGCACGUUACCAUUAUCUCAGAACCACCUUCCCAAAUGUCCCUGAGACUGAGCUCAUACCCAGGAUCACAAGAAGUUUUGUCAAAGAAGGAUAUAUGGAGAAAACAGGACCAAAACAGAAGGAGGCCUUUAAGGUACGCUGGUUCUCCUUGGAUUCUCAAGAAAGGAACCUGAUGUACUUUAAAAAUCCACUGGAUGCAUUUGCACAGGGCCAGGUUUUCAUUGGAAGGAGGGAUGAGGGGUAUGAAGUACGAGAUGACUUGCCCCAGAAAGUCUGUGUGAAGAAGAAAAAACCAGUGAUCACUCUGGUCACGCCAGCAAGAGAGUUUGUGUUUCUCUGUGAGAAUGACAGCAAGCAGAGGGAGUGGAUGGAUGCCUUGAAUAGAAUCAUCACCCAACCCUGAUGUCCACAGGGAGGAGCAGGCAGGCAGCUACAUUCCACCUGGCUGCAGCUUCUGGCCACAUAGGGACAGGGUUGUUUUCAACAGAGUGGGGUGAAUGUUUUUUACAGCACUACAUUUCUGGCACAAUAAAAAAAAACAAGCCAA